UUAGAGGAAAUUUACCUGAAAUUAUCAAGUGGGAUAAUAAAACCACAUCAUUAGAAACUAUCAAAAAAUUUCAAUUAGAUGAGACUAAUGUUUCUGGAAAAUAUUCAGUGGAAAUAAAAAAAAAAGAUGAUGUUGAGGUUAAAAUAAUUUGGCACAAGGUUAAUUUAGAUAUUCAAUUUACUGCAAUGGCAAAAAUUAAGGGAUUUUCUGACCGUUUAAGGAGAAAUGGAUCUGUAGCGAAAAUGGAACAAGCAGAUGCCAAUGCUACAUUAUGCUUCUUAAGAAAUUCUGGUUUCGAAGGAACAAUUAUUGGCACAGAAGGAAAAAAUGUUUUAGUUGAAAUUACUGGUAAUGUUAAUAUCCAAGGCGCCUUAAAAUAUGAAAUAGAAAAUUCCAGUAUUUUUCUUCCCAGUUUUAAUAGUGCAGUUGAUGACCACGUAGAUGAUGACCACGUACUUGUCUAA